GUGGAAAGCGCCGGCAACCUUCGUUUUGACUUGUUUCCAGAUAAUAACCCAUCCAUUCCAUCCAUAUAAAUUUGGCUGGAGCUUUGUUUUGACUCUCCAAUGGUGGAUCGCACGUCGAAAGUAGUGCCAAUCCACGCCUCUACUUGUGCAGGAAACGCACUAUCCCGCUCCCUAUAUGAUCCUCCGUAACCCUCCCCGAUCCACACACUGGCUUUCACACAGACACAAAGAUGGCACCUCUCCUGCGGCUGAUAAUGGCGGCUUCGGUUCUAAUCGCCUGCACCAAUAUCGUAGCGGCCGCGGAUGACGCCGGCGUCAUUCAUAUCGGCGGCAAAGUGCUCUGCCAGGACUGCACCCAGGGCUGGAACGAGUGGAUCAAUGGCAAACCGCUCAAAGAUUGUAAGGUCUCUGUAACGUGCUUGGACGAGAGAAGCAGAGUGAUGCACUACGCUAGCGAUCUGACGGACGAAUUAGGGCAAUUUGAUAUCACAAUCGACAAGUUGGUACACGGCAAGAAAUUGAAUCCGAAGAAAUGCUCAGUGCGGCUCGUUUCUUCUCCAGAUCCGACGUGCAACAUUAUGACCGAUUUCGCCGGCGGCCGGUCCGGCGUUCAACUCCGAGGACCGAGCUUGACGUAUCGCGAUUUCGUCAAGUACGUUCUCGGUCCAUUUUACUUCACCUCGCCGAUGUGCGAAGAACCUAAUACAGAUGAUUCCGAUGACAACAACGGCAAAAAUUACUGAAACUCUUCUCUUUCUUCACGACGGAAGUGAAAGAAAAUUUUCAGUUCGAACUUCUUACUGAUCUUGUGAAUCGAUGAAAAAAUAUAGUUAUAAUUGAAAACAAAACGAUGGUCAAUCGUCAAUCAAUAUCUCCACAAAAUUUGUUUCAAUUACUGCUAUUUUUUUGUGAGUUAUAAAUUUGUUUGAAUUA